UUCAUCGUGUAGUCUUGUUAGUUUUUGGAUUAGUCAAUAAUGGGUUUGGUUUUUUGUUUACUGUUAUUUGUCCUUUUCUUUCUUAUUAGUAUAUAUUGAAGAUCUGGCUAAUAAUUUUUCUGACUCAGUGGUAUUGAAGUCUUCUUUUAAGAAGUACGAACUACUGAUAAAAAUAAUCUCAAAUUAGUAAUUUCUUCUCUGUGUUCUUUUCUUAGAAGUUUGAAUGCGACUGAUAUAAACGUACGUUUAUAUUGCUACUACAGGUAAAUAUGUUAUGUCAUCCAAUCCACUUCCUAUUGAGAAUACUUAAUUUCAGAUUCGAUUCGAUCUCAUUCACAUAAUCACUGGCGGUGGAGCUCUUCUUCCAAGCUACUCUUUUGUGAGGAUGACUGGCGGUGAAGUUGUUCUUCCAUCUCUCCCAUACUUUGAUGUGUCUCUCAACUAGCUUAGUUUCAAGCAGUAAGAGUAUGCUAUGGAGGACGAGGGCCGAGAGCAGUAUGAGUUUUUACAGGUAUCUAGUCAUUUUCGUAUAGCCAAGAUUGCAAGAUGCUAGGUUAUUAGUUUUAGAUGUCUUGAUGUGAGAUGCUUUUGUUAACUAGCCGUUGUAGAUUCUCAUAUGUUCUUCUGAUUUGUCAUUACCAUUUUAGUGGAAUAACAAAACUGUUGACAUAGCAGUGAUCUAGACCAUGAUGAUUCACCUAAUACCUCACAUCCAAGGGUUAAGUCAAAAGAUCAUUUGAAAACAUCUAUCUGCCCACAAUUAUUUUAAUAUGACCAAUGGUCAAAAUUGUACAUUUUUUAGUAUUUUAUAAUUUUAUUUUCAUAUUCAUCCCAAGUUGAGUUUUACAGCUGCAUUGUGCUGUUCACACCCAUUAGUUCACACUUAGAGAUGCUUAUCCGCAUUUCAAACUGACCGAGUUGUCAACUUUUCAGCUUAAAUUUUGUGAGAAAUACUCCCUCAGGGUCCAAUGUUGAAACUCUGUAAGAUACGCGCUGUCCUGAAUGUUAAGUACAAGAGAUUUAAGACAAAAAUGCAUAUCUAAAGGUGAUUUAUGAGGUUUGCAUAUGACUAGCUUUGUAUUUUUUUUUAUUGGAACUAUUUUUCUCAAGACCUGUCUUACCAUUUACCAACUCUAGCCAUGUGUUUUAAAGCUUUGCACAGCUUUCUAUGAUGCUUUUGACAAGAUUAUUUUAUUAUGUAAGCGUCUUACGUAUAUUUUUCAUGCAAAGAUCUCUGGAUCACAACAUGUGACUUGCUUUUCAUGCAAAAAGCUUCCUCCAUGUUUGUCUUGGUCUUAUCCUUUCGUGACAAGUCCAAACCCUUUAGCCUGUUUCACUUCAACUACUAUUUCCUCAAAAGCUGCAGGUCUUUUGGAUUUUCUUAUUGUCUUCUUCUUGAUGCCUCUGAAGGUAAAGAUGAACAAGACCGACUCUCUUAACUUCCGAGCUUCUUGGAUCUUCUAUGGAGACGUCCUUUUUCGGCUUUAUGGAUUGGUUCUAAGAACCUCAGGACUUGUUGCAGGAAUCAUACAUCAAUCUCCUCAUAUGAUAGUAGCAGAACAAAUUUGAUCACAGGCACUUUUUAAAGUCUGAGUAACUCAGGAUCCUGCUAAGCAUCUUGGAAUUCUGUCAAUUGUGAAACCCUAUGAUCUACUUUAUGGAAAAGACACAGAAGAAAAAGACAAGACAUGCCAUUUGGUCCAAUGCAGAGGCAGUGGAGAGAAAGUCUUGUAGGUUUCAAAGAUGGUGGAUAUUUAGAUCAUUUUCUGCACCAACCUCUCCCCUAACAAGCUCCUUCCAAUUUUCAACAAAAUGUCAACAUCAAGUCUGUCACCAGUAUGAAUAGUUUCUUAAUAUAGCAUCUUUUUCUCACCAGAAAAAGCAUUUUUGAGUAGGAAAUCUCAGUCUCUAGCGACAUUAGUCCCUGAACCACAGGAUUUAGUACUAAGGAUCUCGACAUCUAGAACUGUUUCCGAGAAGAAGAUUGGUCGUAUUGCUUAGGACUGUAAGUGGUUAUACCGUACGUAUGUGAGAGAGAAUAAAGAAGAGAAAAAUGGAAUUUGCAGGGUGAAAGCGACAUGGGUUGUUUUGGUAUGCGAAUAAGAAAGAAGCACGUGGUGAAUGGACAUUGAAUAGAGAGGGAAGCUCGAGUUAAUAUAAAUAUAGAAAUAAGAAGCAGUUAGUGGUUGUGAAGAAAGGAGGCAAGCGACCAAAUCUUUGAAGAAGCAAUAGUAAAGAGAAGGUAAAAACAAGAAGAGAGACCGUUGUUAGAUACAGAAGUUGAUCAAACAUGGGAAGAUCUCCUAGCUCAGACGAAACCGGUCUGAAGAAAGGUCCAUGGUUGCCUGAAGAAGAUGAUAAACUCAUCAAUUAUAUCCACAAACAUGGACAUAGCAGCUGGAGUGCCCUUCCCAAGCUCGCUGGUCUUAACAGGUGUGGGAAGAGUUGCAGGCUACGAUGGACAAACUAUUUGAGACCGGACAUUAAGCGAGGAAAAUUCUCAGCUGAAGAAGAAGAGACCAUCCUGAACCUUCAUGCGGUUCUUGGCAACAAGUGGUCAAUGAUUGCAAGCCACUUACCUGGAAGAACUGACAACGAGAUCAAGAAUUUCUGGAACACUCAUUUGAAGAAAAAGCUGAUUCAGAUGGGUUUUGACCCCAUGACUCAUCAGCCAAGAACCGAUGAUAUCUUCUCAAGCUUAUCUCAGCUCAUGUCUCUGUCUAACCUAAGAGGACUUGUUGAUCUGCAGCAACAGUUUCCAAUUGAAGAUCAUGCUCGAAUGAAUCUCCAAACUGAGAUGGCUAAGCUCCAGUUGUUCCAUUACCUUCUUCAAUCUCCUCCUCCUCCUCCAAUGAGUAGUAGCAAUAUUAACCCUAAUGACUUAAACAUUCUCAAUCUCCUCAUCAAAGAAAACUCCAAUACCAAUACUCUCGACCUCGGUUUCCUCACUUCUCAUCUUCAAGACAUCAACAACAACCUCCCUUCCCUCAAAACCCUAGAAGAAAACCACUUCAGUCAAAACACUUCUCCAAUAUGGCUCCAUGAACCACCGAGCUUGAACCAAACUAUGUUGCCUACUCAUGAUCCUUGUGCUCAGAGUGUAGAUGGUUUCAGCGGCAACCAGGCCUCCUCAAGCCAUGAUCAAGAAGUAGCAGUCACAGACUCUGUAGAUUGGCCUGAUCAUCAUCUAUUUGAUGGCUCCAUGUUUCCAGACAUUUCUUAUCAAUCUUAAGGUAUGUACGUAUGUAUAUGUUUCAUAAGAACUUGACUGAAUUUGUUUGAUGUUGCUGUGCAUGUGGUUCUAUAUAUAUCUAUAUACGUUGAUUCAUGAUGUGUGAUAAUGUCUUAGAAUGUACAUGUGUUCCUAUGUAUAACUCAUACAUGUUGUUUGUGUUGUUAUAGAACAUUCUAUAUGUUUGAAUGUAUCUUCAUUACCCUAGUAUGUAGAGAGACCAACCAACGAUUGUUCAGAUAAUUAUUUCUAAAUUUGUGUCGUGUAUAAUUAUAACUAAACGAUUGUGUGUGAUUGAUUGUUAUGUCA